UUAAGAAGGAACUUCCGGUGCGGCGAUAACAACAGCGAGUUACGAAUUUAUUAUUGGCAAAAAACGUGUUUUAUUUUAUUAUAAAAGAUGCUGAAGACUUAGGAAUAGGAUACAUGUGUAUGUACUGGAAGUUUUAAUUUUUCAGUUGCCUACAUUAACUGUUAAGAUGACUGAUGUUCAAGUUCCAAGAGGCAACUGUCCUGGCACUGUGUCAUUACCAUCAAUUACUUGGUUUGAGUUUCUGCUAGAUCAUGAAUUAUUGCAGAGACACUUGGAACAAGACAAUCCUGACCCUACAGCUGUGCAGCUUAUUAUACAGUUCCUACAACAAGCAGAAUUUGAGAUGAUGAACAUAAUACAAAAUAAAGACAUACAUCCUCCUACCCCAGGACAAUCAGAAACUAAUAUUGUAAAAGAUGUUACUGUGGAAAGAAAAACACCAGAUUCAGAUUGUCCGACAGAAGAAACCAGAAAAGUGAGAGGUUUAAAAGUCUUGGCAUUGAGAGUUGCUGCACAUUUGAAAUGGAACCUUGCCCAGUUUGACCCAAGAAAUUCUGUUCCGUUACCGACGAUGUUAACGUUGUUAAAAGAGUUAUUAAGUUUAUGUAUAGAGGGUGGUAUUGAUUCAGCUAUGAAUGUAGAUAUAGAUGUAACCAAAUUAUCAGAUCUAGGCAGAUUUGCUGUUCAACUUUAUCACAGAUGGGUUGUAAGAAGUGUUAUUAAUGACAGUUUUCCCUCCAGACCUCUGAAGCUUAGUUUUACUGUGCCACCUGGUCAAAUAGAUCCAGUAGCAGCAAUGGUAGCCGCUAAUGAAGUUGUCAUAAACAAGUUAAAAGAAGAAAAGCAGACAUCCAUUACAAUUUUACAGAAAUUUUCACAACAUUCAACCAAACUAGACAUGCCCACUCCUGAUGUAUUUAUUAUUCCUAAUGAAUGUACUGAAGUAUUAUGUGAUUGGUCCAAAUGUACUAAGAUUUCAUGUGAAGAGGUCAAAUGUCAGUUGUCGUUUGAUUUGGGUGUGGUAUAUUUUCAUCAAUCAGUCUAUACAGAAGCUUUCGAGAUGUUUAAACAAGCACAAAAAAUGCAUACACAGUUAAAAGAUCCAGUAUAUUGUAAACUAGAUGUAGAUAGACUGAGAGGUUAUUUAACAAGUUGUGCUAGUUUACUUGGUAUAACAAUGGAUGCUCAUCAACCCACUCUGUUUGAACAAGUUGAAGUCUCCAGAAAAAAUAAUUAUAAAGACAUAGUUAAUAUAUUAUUAGAAGAUAAUAUAAAACAAGAAUUAAGUUUAGUUUAUAGAAGUAAUUUGGAGGAUGAUAUCUCAAAACAAGGAAAAAGUUAUAAUGAGUUAUUUAGUCAAGUAUGUAUAUGUAAUGUUGUACGAGGUGUAUUAGAAGGUAAAGCUCUAGUAUCACCUAUAGUAGAAGCUUUAGAAGCAGCCAAUCCAAUACUUGUUCAGUUCCUCGUACAGGUUUUAUCUGACGCAAUCAAAAGUGCCUCAUUUUCUCAACGAUCUAAUUUAAAAUGUUUUGUGUGGCAUAUAGCUGAAUUAGUACCACAAGAGAGUGGUUUUAUACAUGCUGUAUUAAAGAGUGAGAUAGCAUCAUAUUUGGAUGCUGAUGAAUGGGGUGAAAUGGCCGUUGUUGAUAAUCCUGAACAAUUAUAUUUACAAGAUAUAGACAUGGAAGAAGAAGAUAUAACAUUACCAGCUGUUAGAGAACCAACAUAUGAUAUUAGUAAUUCUGAAGGCAAGUUAUUAACUGUGUAUGAUCCUGAUUGUAUACAAGAAUUGGUAUUAGAACUUUGUCAGAAAUUUAAUAUGACUCCAAACCAAGUCAUUCACCUAAAUGAUAAGUGGAAAGUUCCUAGAGAAAUAAAGAAACAUCUUGAUAUCUACUCACCACAGAUGAAUCCUAAACAGGCAUAUGUAUUUGUAUUGAUCGGUAAAGCUAGACAUUGUACAGAUCUAAGGAUAUUUGAAAGAGCACGACAGUUAUUAACAGUAGCUGACACAGCUGUAGCUGAUAUAUCCUACACAUUAUCAAAACACAUACGAUGGCAGAUACUACUAACUGAUCUUAAACAGUUUUAUUUAAAUGAAACAUUUGGUGAAGGCUCGUCUUUACCAGAUUUAAACAAAAAAACUAAAACCUGUCUUACUAGUGUUAGACUAGCUCAAGAUAUUCAGCCAAGCUCAGAAGUUUUAGAACAUUGUACUGGUUUUCUUCUGAACAUCCGAGACUGGGACUAUCUUACAAGUAUGGAAAAUACAAGAAAUGGAUAUAUAGAGUUGAGUCGUCUGCUGUCAUGUACUUGUAAAGAAUUACAAAAUAUAAAAACUGCUAGAAUCACUGCCAGAGAAUUAUGGGAAGCGGUGUUGAAUAUAUUUACUAAUAUAACACAACAUAAGAGAACAUCUAGUGGUAGAGAUAGUACCAUGCAGAGAGAAUCUAAUAGUGGUUUAUUAUCUAGAGAUAACUUUAUGAGUUUAUUUAAAAAAUUAAAGGAGCCCACUAUUCUAUCAUUACUUCUGUCCAUGUUUACUAAACUAUUUACAGUUUUAAAGGAUGAUGUUACCACAGAAAUUACAAGUGAAUAUUUAACUCUGUGGCCAACAGCUAUUCUAAAUGCUAGUGCUAUUGAUGGUGGUUCUAUAUCAGAUGUGUUAACACAACUAAUGCAACAUUCCCUAGAAGUUAAUCCUACACAACCAUUCUGGCUUAGAACACAAGCAGAUAUUUAUUUUGCACAUAAUCAGUAUUCAUCAGCUAUGAAGUAUUACUUAGAAUGUGGUGUUGUAGCAACAGAUUAUUUCUCUAGUCCUGUACCUAAAACACUUUAUGAUGAUCAGGUUUAUAGAAAGAUGAUUAAAUGUUGUUCAUAUCUCCAAUGUCAUACACAGGUAGCUGUAUUAUGUGGGUUUUUAGAUGAAGUAGAUUAUGGUACAGCCUUUAAAGCACUACAAGAAAGAACAUGUUAUGAUGCUAUGGAUGCCUAUUAUCCCUGUAUAUGGGAUAUGGCUAUAUUAGAACAUCUUACUCAUUUACAUACUAAACGCGGUGAACUAGAGAAGUGUAAAGCAGCAAUGAAAGCUAUUGGACAGAUGGAUGUGAAUUGUAGUAAUCCAGAAGAAACGUUAAGAAGAGCUGUUCUUACUAGAAAAACUAAAUUUCUGCGAGCUUUGGCUAAACAGUACAUUACAUGAUCAUAUUACAAGAUAUUUUUACACAGCUUUAAAUUACCUUUACAUGGAAGUUUACAAGAAUCAUACAUACUAUUUUAUCUGGAUUUAUGAAAGAAAUAGAAUUUAGUUUUAUGAUUUUUAACUGUUUUCAUUUUGAAUAACAGAUACUGGGAACAGAUUAACUGAACUUAAUUAUGAAUAUCUCGUAAGUGUCAAUUAAGUCAUAAACUUUAUGAUUGUUCAUCACUAUAUUGCUGGAAACUUUAGAAUACCUGUUGAUUUUUGGAAACUGAUGUAUCUUGCACAUAUUGAUCCAAUAAGAAUAUGUCACAUCAAAUACACAAUGAUGUCAUUUUUUCCAAGAAAAGUGUCACUCAAUCUGAGGAAAUUUUCAUGUAGUGCAAAAAAUGUACCUACAAUUUAGUUUAGAUGCCUAGAAUCAAAAACAUAAUGAAGUAGAUAAUGGCUAACCUCCACAGGGCAUAAAGAAUAUAUUCUAAAUAUUUGAUUUCCCUUGUAGUCACAGAUAUGCCAUUUCUUUCUACAGCUAAUCUGUGUUUAGUAGCUGGUUUAAGGGUUACUAAAAUAUUGUCUAGUGAUGAACAUAGUUGAAAUGAAAGGUACACAUAUUUUGAUAGUUUAGAAAUAAUGAAAAGAAAAAACUCAAUAAACAAAGGUCUUAAAUCUGCUAUUGCUUAUUUGAUAUAAAUAGGUCUAUAUUUUAUUUUGUUAUGUAUUUAUGGUGUAUUUGUUACAAGACUAUCAGCAAGUGCUGUUAUCAUUUUCUUUAUAUAUCACACUCCAUUUAUUUGUUAUAGAUAUUAUCUGAAAUAAACUGCCGUAUAUAAACAUA